UAAGUUAUAUUCAUUUAUGUGUUCAUGUAUUUGUCUCAAUAAUACAUGAACACAAACACAACGACAAUUAAUAGUUAUGGUUACAGUAGUCAUGUGUCAGAUUUCAUAGGAGUAGACACCUUAAACAAGCUAAGGAUUUAAACACAUCAAAAGUAUAAAUUAUUUUCAUAAAUAUGUAGUAUGCACAAAUAGAACAGUUUUUCAAAUAACUACAAGAAGAACUACUAUUAAGAAAUGGAUUCCUGAAGUGGACAUUCACCUGCAUUUUCCCGAUAUGUGGUUGCUAAGAGAUAUUUGAAUGCUUGGUGAUAACUCAAGCCAUUGUAGGCACGCCUACAGUAUGUCCAGACCUCUCAAAGGAUUUUUGGUGUAGGAGACCUUUCUGGAGCUCUAACCAUUGACUGCUGUUUUAGAGUAAGUGCCAUGGGUUCAACCAAGUUUACAAAUCCAUAUGCUAUUGAAGUAAUCCGGACUAGAAGGAAAGAGCUAGUUGGUGGUAUCUCCAACACAGAAGACUUACUGGACCUUCUUGUCUCUAAUGGAGUCCUUCUACCUGAGAACAGAGUUCUUGUAUCCAGCAUUGCAGCACAAGAGGAAAAGAACUCCAGAAUGCUCAACAUCCUGGUGUCACGAGGGGAACGGGCAUGUCGCAUCUUCUUCUACCCAUGCCUGAAGUGUGCUCAACCUGACCUCUACCAGAACAUGAAAACCUAUGUGGGCCAGCUGAAUGAAAACAUUAAGGAUACACGAAGGCAGCUGAUUGGAUAUCUGCUAGAAAAAGAUCGACAAUGUCCAAUUAAAAAAAUUCAGGAUACCUCUAGGAACCCUUUGUAUGAAGGAUCAUUGCAUAAAUCAAAAAAGACAGAGCUGGCUUCUUCUUUGUACGAAUUAAAGAAGAGCUCUGCAAAACCCGAAGACUCAUCAACUGCAAUUUUCAAAGCAGUGUGUACAGGUGACGUGCCCCUAUUACAGGAACUAAUAAGAGGCAUAAAUAUCAAUGACAGAACUGCAUCGUCUGGUACCAUCCUACACCUUGCUGCAGAACACGGUCAAGUGUCAGUUAUAAACUUUUUGCUUUGUCAAGGAGUGAAACUCGAUUUAAGGGAUCAUUUAGGUCGCACUGCCCUCCACAAGGCGUCAGAGAUGGGGCACACAGCAGCUGUAGUGGCUCUCAUAAGGGCUGGAGCUGACAUCUAUGCCAAAGACCAAGCCUCAAAAACCCCCCAACAUUUAGCAGCACAAAAUGGGCAUGAAAACACAGUCAGAACGCUGGUGGUGGAGGAAAGAAGAAGCUUCAAGAACCAGACUACAUUCCUGCACAUGGCUGCAGUAGAUGAUGACUCUGUGCUGGCAGAAAUUUUACUGAGUAAUGGUGCCUCAGUAGACACCAGAGAUGGCCAAAGGAAGACGGCACUAUUCCAUGCCAUUAGCCGAGGAAAUGAGAAGACAGCUGCCGUGCUUCUUCAAGCUGGAGCUCAGGUAGAUUAUGGAAUUAUUGAGGCUGCAUUCGAACUAAACAGCAAGCCUAUGCUGUCACUGCUUCUGAUGAACAUUAAGACAGCAAUGUCUGAAAAUGAACUAAAAUCUAUUCUGUUCAAAGCAGUACAGAGGAACUUGGACAUGAUUGUGGCUGCUCUUAUUGACAGUGGAGUUGAUGUUAAUGUGUGUAAUGACCUGGGUUACACACCACUGCUCCUAGCCAUAGAGCUGAGCAAUUUGGAGGUCUUUAAAGUGUUAGUUUCAAACAAAGCUCAGCUGGAUAAGAGACUACCUAAUCAGAUGUCUGCUCUUCACCUGGCCAUCCAAAGUGGCAGUAUGCCAAUAACAGAGAUAUUACUAGAUAUGGGCAUGAAGCCCAACAUAAUUGGCCCCAAAGAGCAGAUGCCUCUUCAUUUUAGCGCCUUACACAACCAACCUGCACUGAUGGCCCUGUUGCUCCACAAUGGGGCUCAGAUCAAUUCAGUAACUCAGGAUGGAUUCACUGCCCUCCAUCUUGCUAGUCAGAGUGGACACAAGGAGUCUGUGGCCCAGCUGUUGGAAGGAAAGGCAGAUGUCCAUGCACAAGACAGACAGGCUAGGACAGCGCUACACUGGGCAGCUGCUCAAGGUGAUGCAGGCAUCAUAAAACUGCUUCUUCAUGCUGGAUCCAACACUCACACUGUUGAGAAAGACAAAAAGACUCCAUUACACCUGGCUGCGAUGGCAGGACAUGCUCAGGCCGUUUCAACCCUACUUUCUGCGAAGGCAAACGUGGCAGCCAAAGACAUGGAUGGCUGUACAGCUCUGCAUUAUGCCGCUAGGAAUGGGCAUGUACAUGUGGCUGCUGUAAUUCUCACAUCUGGUAGGAAUAAAAAUGUGAAUGAGAGGAACGUUUGGAGGAGGACACCUCUACAUUUGGCUGCAGAACAUGGCAAGGAGCUUGUGGUCGGUCUGCUGCUGGAAAGACAAGCCAAGAUCAAUGCCACUGACAAUAAUAAAGACACACCGUUACACUGGGCCUGUCGAACAGGGUAUCUAGGUACAGUGCAAAAGCUGGUGAACUGGACUCUUGGAGAGAAGGUAAACCUCAAGGCUACUAACAAUGUGAUGAAAACACCCCUUCAGGUAGCAGAGGCAGAGGGCACCCUAAACCACCAGAACAUUGUUGUGCUGCUGAAGAGGAAGAUGUUCCUCAUAAAAUAAAAAAUAAAAAGCCCAUGUCAGAAUGCUUUGAUGAAAGAAAUCGUGUUGAUUAAAAGCUUUUUUUAUUAUUAUUUUGGUUGAAAUCUGUUUCAUCACAUUGUACA